AUGCCCCCACGCAAGGUUAGCCAUCACAUUGAGACUGAGAGAAUGGGCGAGAUCGAGACUGAUCUACAUCAUCAGAAGGCUACAAAGAAGGGGGAGGGUUCGGCCGCAACAGCCGGGGAGACGUCAAAGGGAGGGCAGGAUACGGCGAUGACGCAAGACAAGGCUCGAGAGCUUGUGGAAGAGCAAUUGUCGCAGAAUCGGGCGGGUGGAAGUGUCGAAUCAGUUGCGAAUCUAUCGAAGCGGGUGGAUACGGCAAAGAAGUCGAUGCACAAAAUGGGGGCCCGGGACGCGGAAGCGUUGAAGAUGUCGACGGCGUCGUUCAUCGGAUACGCCCGCGUACAGCUUCAAGGCAAAGGGGCCAUCGAAUAUAGGACGGGGAAAGCCAUCAACCGACGAAUGCGUGAGGAGCACGCUCAAGAAAUCGCGGACAGCAUCGCCUCGCGGGGGAUCCUGGACGACAAGGACGAGAACAUGAUCGUGUUGGCGAUGAAGCGACAAGACAUCUUGAACGAGAAGACGCUGAAGAAGAAGAUCAACUCGGACGAGAUCGUUCCAGUGCUUCAAAUCGACCUGGAAAGCAAACCGGAAAUCGAGCUGCUCGGAGGUCGCCAUCGUGCCAGAGCGCUACAUAUCCGACAGAAGCUGGACAUCGCGGAGAUGACGAAGCUGACGUUGGUGAAGGCGCAGGCGAGAGCGGCACGCGAGAAGGCGGAAGAAGAGGCACUGAAGGAGUUCAAAGGAGAGGGUCGGGACUCGACUUCGGGGCCGACGCUGACGCAAACGUUGCUGCCGAGCAAGAUCGAUCUCGAAGAGACCGAACGCGCUCUCCAGGCGCAGUUGCAGGAUUUGACGGAGCGGGUGGUGGCGACGGACUUUUGGACGGCGAAGGUGUACGACAUAGACAAGCUCACGCCAGACGCAAUUACGUUGCUGUCGACGAAAAAGCAGGAGGCGACGUUCGGAGAGGGGCCAUGGGAACGGGUGUGGGUGUGCGCCCGCCACCUGCGCGAGAAGCUCUUCGAACGCGACGUCAACUUGGAAGGCAUUACAAUCGGGUCGUUCAAGUGGGGCCAGGUGCUCAGCAACGACAGCUUCAUGCCGCGGACGUUUACCAAAAACAACCACAUCACGCCAGUGAUGAACGAUCCACUGGUCAUGUCGCUCCUCCUCGAACUCGCGGGGUGGACGUACUGGCACACCGAAGACGUUCUCGACCCGGCGAUCUUGCGAGGGUUGAUCACGAAGCCUACGUCGACUACGGGGCUCCAACAGAACGGACACUUGGCCAUUGAGCUCCUUCUAGCGGGCGCAAAGCAACUGAACUUCCUCGCGUCGACAUGCUCGGUGGAGGCGACCAGUGAGGUGUGGACGGCGGCGACCGACUACAUGAACAUGGGGCGUCUUGUGAUCGAGGAGGCGUCAGCAAUCGCGAAGGAGCACAGCGGAGAGAAGAUCCGGUCGACAGGUUUGCAACACCUGAAAGACUUCGUGACGCCGCGGACAUCUGGCGAAUCGUGA